AUGGGUGUCUUGAUACUCUGUGGCCUGUGGCUUGCACCACUUGUUAUCGGUGCAAUGCGAAUACAACAAUGUUCAUCCAAUACAAUGAUACCUAUUUGGUUAAUCGUUUUUGGUGUUAUUGGAAUUUGUUUCACUCUAUUCUCCAUUCUCCUCUGCAUCGCUUGCUCAGAUUCUCUUGAUGGUGUGGGGAUUGGCCUUGGAAUACUUAGUAUAUUAGCUUUCGGUGGAUGGGGCAUUGUGGGACUUGCAGUCACUGUACCAACGACUGACUCAAACUGCGACACAGUUACAUAUAAGUUUGCCUUGGGUUUAUCGAUAACAUCGACGGUGAUCGCCGCUCUAAUACUUUGUGGAUUAGGUGCCUCUGCGUCUGAGCUCUCCUCAUCUUCACGCACUGUUAAACCUACAGUCGAGGCUAUUGUCAUUCCAAUACGCAGGGCAGCUGCAGCAGCAGCUGUAGCAGCAGCAAUGGCUGUAUCAAAUACAUCAUCCACUUCAUCAACAUCUGAACCACAUGCAUCAACACCUAUACAUCAUACAGCAACAAAAACUGAAUGGAUGGAAGCUAUUGAACAACAACGUUUAGAAAGAUCAACACUAAAUCGAUUGAUUAUUAAUUAUCUUGUCACUGAAGGAUUUAAAGAAGCAGCAGAAAAAUUUGCUGAAGAAGCUGGAAUAUCAUUAAGUAAUGUAGAUUUAACAUCACUCGAUGAACGUUUAAGAAUUCGUGAAGCAAUUGAAAGUGGAAGAAUUCAAGAAGCAAUUAAUUUAAUUAAUACAAAAGCACCUGAAUUACUUGAUCAAAAUCGACAAUUAGCAUUCCAUUUAAAGCAACAACAUUUAAUAGAAUUGAUACGUUCAAAUUUAAUUGAUGAAGCAUUAACCUAUGCUCAAAUUCAUUUAGCUGAAUUUGCUGAAGAAGAAAUUAAAAUGCGUCAAGAAUUAGAAAAAACUAUGGCAUUACUUGUCUUUGAUAAACCAUUAGAAUCUCCAUAUGGUUAUUUAAUGCAAAUAUCACAUCGACAACAAGUUGCUAAUGAAAUCAAUAGUGCAUUACUUAUUUAUCAAAAUGAUGAAUCCGAAUCAGAUUUAUCAAUGUUAGUUCGAAUGGCAACUUAUAUGCAAGAAAAAUUAGAUAAUAAACAAUUACGUUAUCCUAAAUUGGUUGAUAUUGCUAGUGGAAAAUUAGAUGACUCCUAA